GGCAACAGGUUUCCGGGCUUGUCGGGGGUAGCCCCGGAGAGGCGCGGCUGCAGCUGCGGGGGUUGUUCCGGCCCGGUGGAGCCUUCUCGUCGCGGCGUAUUUCUUUGCUUCUGGGCUUCGGCCUGUUGGGUUUGUGGGUCCCUUAGCCACUGGGGGGUGGACAAGCCAGGGUGUGGGGUCCGGUGCGGGGGCGGGUGGCUUCCGGGGGCCCCCAUUUUCCUGUUUUGGGAAGGUGCUGGUGGCUUUUCCUAGUUUGGGCUACUGAUUUUGCUGGGGCCUUUGCAGGCCUGUGGUUACAAGUCUUCCUCUGGGCUUUGGGGGCUUGCUUUGGGGGUUUUUUUGUCUGUGUUUAUUUUUUACUCCUAUCUGGUAUUGUGUGCUGUGAUGCCCCGUAAGGCGAAAGAAAAGAAAGGGGGGCGUCCCGUUCGUCCGCCUAAGAGGCCUGCACCCCCUCCUUCUUCCUCAGAGGAGGAAGAUGAGGAAAUGGCUCUUAUUCGUGGCUUAAUCACCCGUAUGGAGGCGCUAGAGAAGGCGAAGGCUGCUCCUUCUGACCCGGGGGCCGGGCCUUCUGGCGGGGGUGGGGUUCCGCCUCCCAAGGUUCCCCGGCGGACCAGGGGGUCUGCCAGGAGUCAGCUACUAACGUCUAUUUCUAGCAGGUUGGAGGCGCUGGAGAGAGGAUUGAACCCAUCAGGCCUGACCCCCCCCCGGGGGGCCGGAAGCGCCUUCUGCUCCUGAGGGACCAGCCCUGGCUCCGCCUGUUCCUGUGCUGCCAUCUCCCGUGGACCCGGCUCCUGAUGUUCCUGCGUCAUCGCUGCCUGUGCCUGCCGCUUCGGUUGGACAUCCGCCUGCAGAUCCGGCUAUGCCGUUGGUUCCGGGUGUUGGGGGAUCGGUGGCUCCAGUACGGAUCCUGUUGUGCGGCCACUCGCUGGUCUUUUGGGCCUUCAAGCGGGCUAGCACGUCUCGUUGGGGAUCCCAGCUUGGGUUUGGAAGACGGGCUGCUGUGUACUGGUUGGGCAUGCGUGGGAUGCUCUGGAACCAGCUACUGCCCGCACUUAGGGGGCACUUAGAUAGUUUUUCCCCGCCCGACAUCUUGGUUUUGCAUUUAGGGGAAAAUGACCUAGGCAAGCGGACUGGCCUGUCUAUUGUUCAGCAGGCCUCCUCUGAUUUGUCCUUAUUGCAGGAAUGGAUGCCCGGGGUGCUUAUUCUCUGGGUUAAUUGGCUGCAGCGUAGGGUGUGGCGGAAUGCCCGUUCGGGGCUUUGUCUAGAAAAGGCUAGGCGCAAAGCUUCAGCCGCAAUUGGGAAACUUGUGAUAGCUGCCGGUGGUGCUGUAAUACACCACCCUAAUGUGGUGGCUCGUCUUCCCGAGUUAUAUCGUGCCGAUGGGGUUCACCUUUCGGAGCUUGGUUGUGAUCUAUAUUUAGGUAACAUACAGAGGAGGCUUGCUGAAUUUUUGGGCAGUGGUGGGGCAGGGAGGUCAAGCGUGGGCUAACCUCCCUGGGUGGCGGUAACAGUGCGGGCUGAGGGGUAAGCAAGGUAUAGUAUCGGUGAGCACCCUUGGAUAUUUAAAGGUGGAUUGGUUAAUCGCUCCUUUGUUGCCUGUGCGGCGCGGGGAGUAAU